AUGUCCAAGCUCACACUUACCGAUUGGGCCAACCAGCCCGAGGCUGUGGUCUUUGGCCACUGCAACCCGAACAACCUUGCGCCAUACGAGCAGGUUCAACUCCUGUUUGAGGGAAUGGAUAUGACUGCCGAGGGUCAUGUCAAGCUCUACGUCGUGGCCGACGACACCGAGAGCCAGAUCAUGUCGGCCGAGUUGAAGCAGCGCGCUGCCCUCUCUCCCGACUUCGCCAUUCCCACCAUUUGCGACUAUGCCUUGCUUCUGCAGCAGCUGCGAAAGACCAAGGUCUCCAAGCUGUGGGAACAGGCCUGCGUUACCAUCGUGGCGCAGAUUGACCAAUAUUGCUCGGCACCAUUCGCCUUGGCCAUCCUCGAGUUGGUCAAGUGGGCAGCAAACCCAACGUCCCAGACUCGUCUUCGUUUCCUGACAGUCUCUACCUUUGAAGAACCGGAAGAGUCCGUCCAGAGGGCUCUGGAGUACUUUUGCCCAAAGCUCACGGUCUCACUGGUACAGGUGCCAACUCGGGUCGCCACCACCCGCCCAGCCCCGAAACGACUGCUCUGGUCGGAUCCAGACUCUGUCGAUGAAGUCGUCAAACUUGUUAAAGCGCAGGUCGACGGGCAAAGGACAUCCAUUGUUCUUUGCCACCCUGAUGAAAUACAUGCCAUUAUCACAGGUUUGUUGCGGAUGAGGGCAAGGGUCAAUAAUCUGGUCAAUAGUAGCCGUUUCUUGGCCCAUAUACUGGCGAUGAGAAUUGAACCAGUCAAGCCCGGUUCCUUCCCGGCAGUUCUUUUCUGCACCGAGAAGAGCCAAAUUCCCAUGGAAAUUCACAACCUCGGUGCCAUCAUCAUUAGCCGUCGUCGACAGGCAGCCAUUUGGGAAUGUGGCCGGAUCGUGUACAAGCCCGAGCAAACAUCGCAGUGGGAGGUCAACCAAGCUGUUUCGUACGUGUGGCAAACCUCGACACCCACGACGGGAAUUACAAUCUUGGCGCCCGAGGCGUCAAAGCUCGCUGAGCUGCUGCCUCGUCGUCGAGUUGACAAUGACCAAUCCAUCCCAUUCCUCCUAGAUCUCCUUGCCAACUUUGAUGGAAUGAGUAUGGAUGACAUGCUUGGAUGUUUUGUGACAGACUUUCCCAUUGUCUAUUCGAACCUGUCACAGCUGAAGCUCAUGAAGUGUGCCCGCGAGUGCAGUGACGAUCUUCGCAUGUUCUCGCUGGUGCCAGGUAAUGCACAGGAGCUUUUGUUGGAAUUGCUGCCACAGUUCGAGCACCAGUUUCUUCCUGCUUGGUUCCUCGCAACUGGCAUCACCUUCCCAGGGGCCACCGUGUCGGCCAAGAAGGCCAUGAUUCGACUCGCUGCCAUUGUGCACGAGGGGGUGGGCUUUAUUGAUCGCGGAAGCAUCUUCUGGCAGGAGGUUCCGGAAAUCGAAAAGGCCGAGCACCUCCAGACCCUUGGUUACAAAAUCUCGGGGCAGUUCAAGAUGCCUCACGGGCUGAUGAGGCAGGGAGGUCUGUGGGUGGCACUCGCGGCCUGGCACUCUGCGUCCGUAACCCUGCAAGGGUUCAAGGACGUCUCCAAAGCCGAGACCGAUGCUGAUUGCGUCAAAGACAUAGCUAAUGGUUCUCGCAUCGUGCUGAUCCAAACCCAGCUUGCAAAGCGGAUCGCGGACUUGGUUGAUAAGCUGGAGGAUUUCAUCGGCAUCAGCCCCCAAGACAAGGGAAACCAACCAUUGUCCUUGGACGAGAAUGACUGCAUAGUUAUUCAAACCGUCAUGGUGCAGACUUGGAUGCAUCGUACCAUUGGCAUUGCCAAACAGCCUCGUGCCGAUGGCGCGGGACAUACCAUUCUGUGCACCGACAUGGUGUCGAUGGACACCCCGGUAGCUUCAUCUGGGACAGACCUGAUGCCCUUUGCCGCCAUUAUGGAAUCCCCUGGCACAGGAGACGCGUCCAUGCUUGUGGCGGCACUGCAUCUUCAACGUCAUUUGCGCACAAGAACCCCCGUACUGUUUGGGUCUUGUGUCAUCCUUCCCAUUGAGCGUAUCUGGGAGUGGCAAAGAAACGAAGGAGGCAAAGACUUUCUUUUGCAUAUUCGCUGCCACCACCCUCCGGUCGGCGAACCCGAGGUAUAA